AUGUUCUGCGACCCGUGUUGGCAACACUUUUUGGCGCAUCGUGGCGGGAAAGAAGGAAGAGAUGGAUCGCAUGAGAAGGUAGAGUAUCGUGUGUAUGCGAGACUCAAGAGCAUAUUGGAUCCACAAUACAACGAAGACCAGGUGGAAGAACUCCACGAGGAUGACCUGGCCACUACCUGGUUUGAACGGUACGACAGCUUCCAUAGCAGAGGCGACCAGUCAGACCGUCAACAAUUUUUCGACUAUGAUGUGUACUCAGCCUUAUUGCGUAACCCGCUCAAAAGCGGAAAAGAAAAAUACCCGCAACUGGUAUCUUUCAUCGGCCAAACCAAUGCUGGAAAAAGUACGUUGAUCAAGAUGCUCAUUCAGUUACGAGGGACCGGCUUGAAGGAACGAAAUCCUUCUCCUGUUGUUGGCUUGAAGCAUCUAGAGCCGCAAUCCGGACACGAGAGGCUCGGUAAUGAUCCAGUGGAGCACACUCCAACAUCGGCCGAUGUACAUCUGUACGCAGACCCAAUGAGCAUGGAUUCCCGAACACCUCUACUGUACGCAGACUGUGAGGGCUUAGAAGGCGGAGAGAAUCCGCCGAUCGGUGCCCAUGAGAACCGCAGGUCGCGGUCGGACCCAGAACGGAUCCAUGCGCAACUGGGUGAAGGCCGUAUGCGAUCAUUGGCAUGGGCUACUGCAGAUACUGAGAGGGCAAGAAGAAGAUACAUCGUGAAGGAGCUUUACCCGCGCAUUCUCUACACUCUCUCAGAUGUUGUGGUCUUUGUUAUGCAUGGCACAAAUUCCAAAACAUUCGAAGUCACAACUCUGCAACCUCUAUUGCAAUGGGCAGAAGCAUCAUUGGAGACAUCAGUGAAUCAACCAACACUUCCACACGCCAUCAUUGCUUUGAACCAAUGUGGGCCGAGCGCCAAUCCAAAUGAAUGGGACAACAAGUCGGCAACAGACAGCUUGUUAGCGGCCAACAAACACUGCAUCGAUCCCAAUGGACACCCCUUCUUUAUAAGUCUCGUCAGAACCUGGAAAGAAAGAGGACGAAGCAUUAGAUCCAUUCUUGAACUUAUACAAUGCUACUACUCCACAUUUCAAGUCAUACGCAUACCACGCGGAGGUCGAUACCGGCUAUUGCACGAUCAGAUCAAUAGCCUUCACCAAGUAAUCACGACCUCCUGCGAAAGGUCCUUCGAUUCCCGGAAACGAGCGAACAUGCUCUUCAAAUCUUCUGAGCUGGAUAUGCAUUUCCAGGCAGUGUUCAGUCAUUUUUCACGGACACUCACCAUGCCUUUCGACUUCGUUGCCAUGUCUCUGCGUAGCAAUCCGAUACCUAACGAUUUUGGUGGCCACAUGCUUCAACUCGCGCUGGCCAUAGAGGCUCACGACAAGAGAACCGCGCUUACUACACCUGCUCUUGAGAAGACGCGCAAGGCUACAUUCAUCUUUGAUCGCAUGGCUAGACUUGUGGCUUCUAGUAUCUCUCUUGAUUGCGUCCGUCAUCGAAAAGGCUCUCCUCUGGACCACUUCGUUCAUUACAUGAACUACUGCCAGUUCUCAGUGGAGACGUUCUGGAGUCAACAUCUUACCUGUGAGUUCCGUAACGGUUCGUAUCGAUGCGUCAAUGUCGCUGCCAAUCAUAACCCGAAAGGGCACCAAGACGCCAGAGGCAAGAUAAAACCAGGCGAAUUUGAGUCCACUUUCAAUCCAGAAAGCUAUCUACGUUCUUGGAGGAAAGAGAUUCGGUCGCAGAUGCACAACAUUGACCGCGAACUAGAGAAUGCCUCACAACGAGCCCCAAGCUAUUCCAAGGAGGCGUACAUGAUGCAAAUCCAUCGCGACGACAUGGUGAGCUGUUAUGAUGCUUCCUUGGGCUCAGCUGGUGGAAUUUUGAGUUACGCCACAUGCUUCUGCUGUCUUAUGCAGUCACCUGAGCACGCUCUUCGUUGUGGUCACGUACUCUGCACGCAGUGUGUGCGAGCCCACGGACAGCAUCUGCAUGACAAUACUAGCACGAGGUCUGUUGUCAAACUAGACUGCUGUCCUUUACACCCUGAGAAAACGGAUUGGGAAGUGCCAUGCCUCAUCAGGUUCAAGCCUGAACACGCGGGAGUUCGACUCCUAUGUCUUGAUGGAGGUGGCAUCCGCGGAAUCGUUGAACUCGAAGUGCUAAGAGCCCUCCAAAACCAAAUCGGUGACCGAAUUCCUAUUCAGGCAUUUUUCGAUCUGAUUAUGGGAACGAGUACUGGUGGCAUUAUUGCGCUAGCAAUGGUUGCCAAAGCUUGGAGCCUUAGGCGCUGCUCCGAUAAGUUCAGAAAGCUGUGCAGUACCGCUUUCACACCGCGGAUGUUGCACAACAUCCCUUUCUUGAGACACCUGAUAACACUGAGGCUUGCUUCCAAGUAUUCGACUGGCCCUCUUAGAGAGACGUUGACACAAGAAUUUGGGAAAGAACAUCUUUUCGGCAACUAUGGAGAACGGAGCUCGUAUCUGAACACUAAAGUCGCCGUGACCGCCACGGAUAAAACCUGGUCUAAAGCGAUCGUUAUUGCGAACUACAGCCGGCCGGAGGGCGAUAAGAAAAGACUGCGCCCUGCAGAGUAUGAGUUUCUGCGACCGGAUGGACCAAAGUUCGGCUUCUCGAUCGCAGACGCGGCAGCUGCCACGUCGGCUGCACCCAGCUUUUUCAAACCGUUCGAGCACGCUCAUACCUAUCGCACAUACCUAGACGGUGCGCUUUACCACAACAAUCCCGUCCGGCUUAUGAACCAUGAGAGAAAGCUGCUCUGGCCGGAUGUCGCCAGUCAAGACCCCGAUCUCUUCCUGUCGAUAGGCACAAGUCAAAACCAGGCGGACGUGCAAGCCGGCGAACCCGACUCGACAGCAACGGCUUCCGAUUCAAGGUACGCAUAUUAA